AUGUUCGGACGAUCGAUGAAGUCAACGGAAGAAUCAACAACUCAUUCGCAGGAAGUGAAUGAUCAUUCGUCGUGUGAUGGCUAUGUUGGCAGUCAUGACGGCCCGCAUCUGACAGCAGCGUCAACGUCAAACUCGGAAAACUACAACGGAGAGGUUAUGCAGAUUGUAAACAAUACCUGCACCGACAAAACGGAUACGUUAAAACCAGUGAAAAUGAUAAUGGUGUGCAAUCUUAGGGUUAAAGCGUUAGUCGAGUCAGGCAGUGACGUUAACAUUAUUUCAUCAGAGUGUUACGAGGUAUUAGGUCAGACAAAAGCGGAAAAUAACAAUACUAUUUUAUCAGGGAUUGGGCAGUGUAAGAUUAAAUCAGUAGGAAAGUGUUAUUUACAAUUUAUUGCUGAUGAUCAAUAUUUCGAUGGUGUCUUCCACAUUAUUAGUAGCGACUAUGUACCGUAUAAUGUAAUUAUAGGUCAUGAUUUUCUGAAAGGUGUUAUUAUGUUAAUGAAAGAUGGUGCAGUGAGGUUUUAUUUGAAAGAUGACGAGUGGAUGAAAUGUAUGACUGUUGAUAAGUGUGACCAUGCUUUUUCUGUAGGUCCCAUGACAGAUCCUGAGUUGAAAAAACAAGUGCAUCAGUUAAUCUAUCAAUAUGGACAACCAGUACAGAAAAAGGAAGCUCCCAUACAGUUAAAAAUAGUACUGAAAGACGACAUCCUAGUGACGCAUCGACCCCGAAGAUUAUCUCUAAAAGAGCAAGAAAUAGUUGAAAAACAGGUAUCUGAAUGGCUAGAUAAGAAGAUUAUCCGGGUGAGUUUCUCUUAG